UUCCUUGGAAGAGAAUAAAUAGAAAAUUAAUAUUGGUGCAUAUCUUUCUCUUCCGUUGUCAAAGAGAAUGCGUCGAAUACGUUUACGAUCUGUUGUAACGCACCCGUCAUCUUCAGGGCCGUCUACAAAAGGAGCAUUUGGAGCCCGCGAAGAAGGAAUCGGAGAGGGUAUCGGAUUUCAUUAUCAUCAUUACUACCAGCACCAGCAUUAUCAGCAUCCACAAAACCAUCUAAAUGAGAAUGGCGUAGAACUUCGCUGGCGGAAGUUAUACUAUCAGCUGCGCGCUGGAGAAGUUGUGCAUAAGCAUUCAAAAAGUUUUGUCGAGACUAAAUCCGGAAGUGGACCUCAGAGAUCAAGUAAUAAUAAAUCCGUUUUCUUUACGGCAUCCGCAGCGGUGCUCAACUGUUCUGUUUUAGACAUGGGUUUAAAUCCGAUGAAAUGGAAAACCAGGACGUUGGCCUAUGUUUCUCUUGGUCUCUUUGUAUUCUAUCUGGUUGCGAUAUACAGGAAGGAACAUCACGUUUCAUUCGAGAUGACCAUAAAAAAUACUCAGGCAGAAGAUGUUUGGGAAUUUGUUGCUGAUUUUAGCAAUAUGAAAAAAUUAAAUCCUACCAUAGAAGACUUUGAUAUUAUUGCUGACACUGGCAAUUAUGAUCAUUGGAAAUACUCGGCAAGAUACACAGAGCGUUUGAGUCAUUUUCCUAUUAUCAAAAACACAGCCCAUGGCCAUUUUGUUGUAAGACCCGAUGAGAAAGGAUUUUUGAUCAGUUCCGAACAUCGUACUUGUUUCUUCUAUGGCAUUUGUUGCCUGAACUCCGUGUCAGAAUUUAAAUUCAUUGACGAGGGAAGAGAUACAAAAUGUACAGAAACAGUGCAGUACCAAUGUCCUAUACUGUAUUCGACAUUAUGCUACAAGGAAGUGAUGUAUCAGCGAGAAGAAAUCAUGAAAAACUUAAAAUCACAUUUUGCACUGACAAAUGUGCAUAAUGAAAGUGAUAAAUAAUAUACUUUAAACGGACACUAAAACCAAAAUCUUAAUCCUUACGUUGCAUUUAUAUUAUACUCAUAUGAGAGUAGUGAUAUUAAUAUCUUACCGUUUUAUAAGUUUAGAAUAUAUUCUGUAAUUGAGCUACGGUUCCAAUGUUGAAAAAACCAGUCGAUGUAAUUGACUUUAAUAACCGUAUCCGUGGUUCAAUUAUAGAAUAUUCCUUUAAUAUAAUCUAUGAUAAACUUUGUUAGUAUGGUAUCUAAUAUGUAUACUCUGUGCAAAUGUGAAUGUGAAUAUUUUAUCACAGUCUUGAUAUUUCACUAAUAAAUAAUGAUCCAAAGGUUUACCAAG